UCGUGGCACUGCCUGUCCCCAGCCUGCACUCCUGGCCACAGCAGCAAAAUGCCCGGGCGGUGACUCUGGGCAGAGAUUUGUUAAUUAAAGCCAGGCUUUUUAAUCCUUCUCUCCAUAGCCUGGAUCUUCGAAGCAGGACUUAAUGAGCCCUGGAUAAAUAAGUCUCCUGAACCUUUUGCUGCCAGCCAGCUUAGGGCGGCCCCAGGGACAGGCCCCUGGCCAGAGGGGUGGCCCUGAGCAGCAGCCCCAGCCAAGGCAUUAAGGUCAUUGGUGGCAUCAAGGAGCUCACUGGAGAAGAAUAUGGAGUUUAUGUCAAGAGGAUCCUUCCAGGGGGUGUUGCUUACGCAGAUGGGCGCCUGCAGCCAGGAGACCAGAUCCUGGAGGUCAAUGGAGAUUCCCUAAUUGGGGUUACAAGCGAGAGGGCCGUGGACAUCCUGAGGACGGCGUCGGCCACCAGCCACAUGUGCCUCCUGAUAGCCCGCGAUGACGACGCCAAGAGAGAGUUCUCUGAGCUGCUGGAGAAGUUUGGCUCGCAGAGCAACACGGGCUCAGCGCGGAGCUCGCCGGUCCUGCACGGUGGCAGUCGAUACCUGGAGAGCACCUCCUCGGGCUCGUCCUCCCGCUCCCAGAGCCCGCUGCUGCUGAGCCCUGCCAACUCCCACGGCCCCUUCCUGGGGAGCCUGGCGCACGCUCCUCACGCACACUACUCCGUUGACUCAGGAAUCCAGAGCAUUUCUAUAGCAAACUCCUCUGGCUUGGGGCUGACAAUCAGUGGUGGAUCCAACAGGCCUGACGGGCCCAUGGUUUAUGUCCAAGAGCUUUUGCCAGAUGGGGACUGUUACAAAGAUGGUCGACUCCGACCUGGAGACCAGCUCAUCGCUAUCAACAGAGAUUCUCUGGUGGGCAGCACACAUGAGGAGGCCAGAAAAAUAAUUGAAAAAGCCAAAUUCAGACACGAGGGAAGCACAGAAGUGGCCUUUAUCCCUGGGAGGGGCCGGUUACAUCCCGGACUGUCAGCUCACAGCAACAGCCCAUCCCCACCCCCAAAGGCUCUGGGAAACGGCCUGGGCUCCUGCAGGCUGAAGGUCCACGUGAGGUCCCCAGAGAAUAGACGUGAAAAUCCUUUUCCUGUGCCUUCUUUGUCUCCGGACAUCUGCCCACCAGAGCUUACAGUCUCAGCACCUGCUUCAGCUUCUAACUACAAAGCAGCUUCAGGCACCAAACCCAAAGUAGCACUGGAUCCCCAUAUCCGGCUCAAGGAUGGAAAACUGGAACUGGUUCUGCAGUACCUUGGUCUGGAUGUGACCGAGGAGAAGAAGAGGCAGCUCCGGCAAAGCCUGACCACGGACUCGCAGGGGACUGUGGCCUAUGGAGAUGUUCUCCAAGCACUCAGGGAUCUGAUGCAGGAGGAGCUGGACGAGGCUGGUCUGGAUUCCAGCUCUGUGCUCUUCACUCAGCACGAAGUGGCCAAUUUGCUGGAUACAUCAGCUUUUCACUCCCCGACCUUUGCCUCUCUCAGCUGCAAUGGCAGCGAGGACCUGGAGCAGCUGCAGCUGGAGAUGAGGGAUCUGCGGCAUGAAGUCCGCAGGCUGAAGUCUCUCCUGAGAGAAGUGGAGAGCAGCAAGAAGCUGAUGGAGGAUGAGCUUCAGAGGCUGAACCAAAAGGCGCUGGGGUUCCUGUCGGAGAACCGGAGCCUGCACAGCAAACUGCAGAUGGCUGAGGUGGUGCAGAGACAGGCCCACAGCGCCGAGCAGGACUACGAGGAAGUGAUCCACCUGCUGGAGGCUGAAAUUGCAGAACUGAAGAUGCAGCUGGCGGGGAAAAAAGCAAAGCACAUCUCUGAAAUAGAGGAGGACAUCCUGGAGCUGAGGAGGCAGCUGUCCCUGGCUGAUGGCCAGCUACGAAAAUCCGAAGUCUCACGGAAGCGCCUGGAGAUCUGCAAUAGGAAACUGCUCCUGUUUGUGCAGAACAUUUACAAGGUCCUGAGCACACACAGUCAUUUACCAGAUGAGAAAAGCGUCAACCAUGAAACAGAAGAGGAUAAAACAGAUGCAGUCUCAGACACAUCUCUUCCACCUUCAGAUCUUGUUGACCUUUUGCUGUCAGAAGCUAAAGAACUGUUAGCACCAAUCCUCUCCAACAAGGAUGCUCUGCCAUGGGACAGGGACCAGUGCCUGCCUGCUGAAGGAAUCCCAAAUUACAAGGACCACCUCCAUCAGAAGACCACGUGGCCCCCUCCUGCAGGCCAGACCAAGAGUGACCAACCACAGCCACCAAGCCCAACAGAAGUACCUAAGAAGUCGACAUAAAUAUCCCAUGGCUUGGUGGUACUCCAAACCACAGCCAUCCAUCCUGUGGGAGACAGGAAAGACACCCCCCAGGCACCUCAGCAUCCAGGCCAAGCAGACUGAGAACAAGCUUUCUGACACAAGAAUCAUUCUUCCUAACUAUCCAAGACUUUUUCAGCAACCUCCCCUGCACGUCUACCUCUGAGUUAUCAUACAAAGCUUUUUGCUCACGGUUUUGCAGCUUUAUAGGAAAAAUAUUCUCAUGAGGCUACAGAGGCCUGGAUUUCUGUGGCAGCCUUUUAGAGCUUGUAUUCUGGGUAGCUUGAAUGUACCUGAGGGACUCAGGGGUCUCCAACAGAUCCCUUUUGGUAUUUCAGAUGAAAAACCAAAGUCUAUUUAGUGACUGUAAUCAAAGCAGCUUAAUCCCUAGCGUCCUAGUUGUCUUGGGAUAGGUACUUCUCUUUUUAUUCUUUUUGUAUAGCUUCUCCCAGCUGCAGUGCUUGGAGUGGGAAGCACACCUCAGGCAGUUGCAGAGUGCAGGACAGGCAGCGGGGUGCUCCGGUCACAGCGUGGACACCGAGCCCUCCCUGGAACGCGGGGCAGGACAUAGUGGGCAUAGUGAACAUAGCUCAGAAAGGUCCCUGGUGUCACUGGAAAUCACAUCCACGUGGUGCAAGACUGAGACAGCAGUGGAUGGGGAUCAGAUCUGAGAUGGGCAGAGGUCUGGAAAGUAAAAUGGAAACACUCCUCACAAGGAGUUUCUCUCUGGUUUCUGAUUGCAGCUGCUGUGUUCAGAGUCUCACAGACAAAGACACAGCCUGAAACCAUUUUUCCUCCCUCUUAUUUUGGCAGCUCCUGGGGAGAUGCAUUGAGAAGUUUCAGGAAAAUGGGGUACAAUCUGGCUUUUACAAAUAAUUUGUUAAGAUUACUUCAAAUCUUCUUUGUGGGGGUUCAAAGCUUGUGGAUCCUUUAUUGUCUAAAUUAAAGGCUUAGGCAAAAUCA